UGACCUUUAUUCGAAGUAGUAGUUUAGAGGUGCCCAUAUUACAUUUCUGAAGAAAAACAAAAUCAUGGGUGUCAAUGUGUCAUAUAUUCUCUGCUAGCGAGCUGUUAGGGUUUAUGAAAUGAAAAUUUACGCUCUCAGAUGAACGACGAUUACAUGGCCGGAGAUAAUGUUGGAGGGAUGUGAUCCGUCUUCUUGAAUACAUUUAGUCGCAUCUCAUCUAUUGGCUUUCAGAAUGUUUUUGGAGGCUGAUUUACGAAUACACCAUGGCGGGAACUUCAUUCAACAUCCUGAAUUGUCAUAUGUUAAUGGUGAGGUAGAAACGUUGAUAUAUUUGUGAAGCAUGGAAUUGAUGAACCUGAAGUGAGUGGCAAUGGUCUGGUCAACAAUGAGGCUGUGAACAUGAAUGCAACAGGUGAACAAGAAGAUAUUGAAGUGAAUAAGAAUGGGGAAGUGAACAACAAUGAGGCUAUGAACAAUAACGGGCCAGAUCAUGAAGGAGAGGGACUUUGAUCACUGAUCAACAGAAGGGCCUAGUAAACGUCAUCUAGGAGUUGUUCCCGAAUUCUGAGCACAGAAACUGCUGCAGGCAUAUCCAUGCGAAUUGGAGUAAGAAGCAUCGGGGAAAGAUCAUGAAGAAGCACUUCUGGAUAUGUGCUAGAUGCACCACAGAACCUGACUUUCUUGAACAAAUGAAUGUUCCGGAAAAAAUUGAUUGCACGGCCCGGGCAGAUUUGGAUCUUUAUGAUCCUCGUCGAUCAGUGGUGCAAAGCUUUCUUCAGAUUUUAUCCAAAGUGUGAUGCUCUUGACAACAACUUGUCUGAAUCUUUUAAUAACACACUUGUAAAAUGUAGGAGUAAGCCUAUUAUCCCUAUGCUAGAGUCCAUUAGGGUUGCCACAAUGAAACGAAUAGCAAAAAAGGUAAAAUUUGGGAAUAGGUGGCAAGGUAACAUUGGACCUCGGAUUAUGAAGAAGCUGAAUACAAACAUUUAUGAAAGCAUGGGAUGGAAGGUAUUUGGUAUAUUACAAUCCAUCUUUCCAUUAAUCAAUAUAUACUAAUAUACUUUUAAAUGCAGGUUGUAUUUAAUGGUCAUGACGACUACGAGGUCAAACGUGGAAGGCAUCAGUACCAAGUACGGCUAGAAGGAAGGACCUGUUCAUGUAGGGUGUGGGAGCUAAAUGGGAUUCCAUGCUCACAUGCUGUGUGCGCAAUACUUGACAACGGUGGGGAUCCAGAAACUUAUGUUGAUGAAUGCUAUUCAAAAGAAGUGUACCAAAGAAUUUAUUCUCAUCACCUUCAACGCAUGAACGGGGAGUUAAUGUGGAAAAAGACGCAACAGAAUGAUAUUCAAGCUCCGAUUCCCAAAAAGAUGACAGGAUGGCCUAAGAAAAAGAGAAAGCGUGAAGCUACUGAAGGGCCAUCAUCUGCUACAACUAUGACAAGAAAAGGGAGAGUGAUGACGUGUUUUAUCUGUAAGGUAGCAGGAUAUAACAAAUCUAAAUGCCCAACAAGCCCCAUGGAAAGACAAACUCAAACCAGAGAGAGAAAAAGGGCCCUAGUAAAAAACCAAGCCUAAAAAAAACAAGUAUGCCAAGUCAAGAAGCUGGUCACCCAGGACAAGAAGGUGGUCUCCCAUGUCAAGAAGGUUGUGUGGGAAGUCAACAACCUGUGUAGCUCCAAACCUAAUCAUAGGGUAGUUUUUAGUAUUUUUGUAUGGGGUGUAAUCCUGUUUUGUAAAUGUAUUAAUUAUGGGUUAACAGUCCCAUAACCUGUGUGGCUGAACGUGGCAUUUAGUUUAUUCAUUUGCAGACUUGUUAGUUUUUUGCAGAAGUUCUUUAAUAAACUUAGCAGUUGCACAUUUGCCGAUUU